CCAUCCUCUUGGCCAGUUGUGAUACAAAUGUGAUGUGUGUGUCUAUGACUGACUAAUUGAUUAGCCAGAAUAGAAAGGACUGGGGUCAAUAUAAUGAAGCAUAGGCAAUAGAGAUAAUGAUUAAGGCUCCUGUAGGUUACUAAAAGUCAAAAGAACAAUUCAUAUAAACAUGUUGUUGCAAGCGUGAAUCAUAGUUAUGAGACUGAUAUUUGCUGCCAAAUUCAAUAGUUCCUGUAGGUUACUAAAAGUCAGACUCGCCUGAUGUUGUUGUGCAACAUCAGGCCCAAUCAGUAAUUGCCUUGUGGGAUCAACCCCACGAAUGAAGUAUAAGGUUUGAGAUUUUCCCAUAAUAGCUAGGGACUUUGCCACUGCUGACGAGCUGUGUGAUGUUGUUAUGGUUUGCUGCCUCCAAAAUGCCGUGUCCCCCGGUUGGAGUGAUGAUAUAAUAUCUAGGUAACGUAUUAAUUCAUUAACCCUGUAUAUAUUAACUCUUUUCACUGAUAAGUGUAAGUAAUAAAAAGUGUUGCAUGACAAUUGAUUUCCUGUUUUAAUACAGUGAGGUGUGGGUGGGGUAGGUUAAGCUACCAAUCAUAGCAAUACAUUUAGUGGCGCUGCGAGCAGGGUAACUUAAUCUUUGUCCGAUAUGUUUCGGAAAAAGGAGAAAGUUAUCUACGAAUCUGCAGAGGCAUGGGAAAAGAGUUUACAAAAUGCAGAACCAGUGAAUGUAGUACGGACCUUAGAGAAGUUUCCCUGUAAAUCAGGUGAUGUAGUUACCCUAGCUCGUAGGAGUUGGGUGUUGGCUUCAGCAUACCGUAUUGUGCACACACGGCUAUGUGAGGCAAUCGAGGGAAAAAAAAAAACAGCUUCAACGGAAAACGUUGAAAGCAGAAGGAAAGUGUUUAACUUUGGAAUGUAAUGUCAAAAUCUUGCGAGAUAAAUUGGAACACUACCAGCACAUAGCUGAAAAGACUUCUGUGUUGGUGGCUCAGCAUAAAUAUAAAUUUUGUUGGCAUUUUUUGCCAAAGUACUUGGAACUUUGCCAAGAGGCAUAAAAUUUGUUGGCACUGUGCCAAAAAUAUUUGGCGUUUUGCCAAAUUUCUUGGCAGUUUGCCAAAUAACAGAAAAAGAGAAGAAUAAUGUUUGGAAAAAGGGAGAAAUCCAAAAUUGUGAAAAAGAACCCCAAGAUAUACCCGGCUGGACCGAGUCACCUUAUUGUAUAGUGGCACAAGAAUUAUGUACACAUGGGUUAGCAGAACAAUGGGAUGAGAAAGUAGAAGAGAUAAACCCUCUAGAUGUUGUAAAUACUCUAGAGAAGAUUCCCUGUAAAUCAGGUGAUGUAGUAGCACUAGGAAAAAGAGUUCCAUUAGGAUUCUGGAAUAGAAAAUUAUCUGAUGUAGGUGAAAAAUAUACGCCUUUUGAAAAACAGCUAUUGGCAUGUAAUUGGGCAUUGGUUGAUACUGAACAACUAACCUUAGGACAUGAAGUACUUUUAAGACCACAAAUACCAAUUAUGCAGUGGAUAAUGUCUAAUCCUAAAUCAAAUAGGAUAGGACAUGCUCAGGAACAGAGUAUAAUAAAAUGGAAAUGGUACAUUUCCGAAAGGGCAAAAAAGGGAGGAGGACUCAGAAUAGGGAGUUAGCCAAGCCCCCAUAUGGGUGAAACAUGAUUUUCGUCCAUACGUCAAUUUAUCCAUACAUAGGAAGGGGGGGAAUGUUCAAAAAGACAUGUGUACCUUUUUGCAAAAUACUGUUGUAACUGUAUUUCAUGUGGAUGCUCAUGUUACUCUUGACUCAUUGGAACGUUUGUUUAAUUCUCAAGCAGAUGCUGAAGCGGCUAUUUACAACAUCCAACAAAGAAAUCAUUGAAAAAGAAACAUAAUGGUUCUCAUUUCACUGGAAAACAAGUAAAGGAUUAUGCAACUGACAAUAAUAUAGAAUGGGUAUAUCAUAUUCCCUACUAUCCCCAAGCAGCAGGGUUAGUCGAAAGAAUGAAUGGUAUUCUGAAAGCAACCCUAAAGAAAUUAUCAAUAAUAGGCCUAUAACUGAUUCCACUACUCCAUUGAUGAGAAUGUUAAAUCCUAAUUUAGUAGUAUCAGCUGCAAAAAUUGAUAGUAUCAUCUAUUGGAAAUUACAUAAGGAUGCCCAAGCACCUUACAGAGGAACACCAGCAUCGGCUGGACUAGAUUUAUGUUCUGUUGAUACUAUAAUAAUUGCACUUGGACAAGUAAAAAUGAUUCCUACUGGUCUGGAAUGCAAAAUUCCUGAUGGUCAUUAUGGCCAAAUAACAACCAGAUCUAGUUUUGCGUUAAAAAGAACCAUAGUAGUAGGAGGAGUAAUUGAUUCAGAUUAUCAGGGAGAAAUAAAGAUACUAAUGAUGAAUCUAGGAUCAGAUUCAGUAAUUGUGUCCAAAGGAGAAAGAACCGCUGAACUUUUACUGAUACCUAUUUAUUUAUCAGAAAUAAAGGAAGGUGAGCCACCAACAGAAUUAACAGUACGAGGAGAUAAAGGGUUUGGGUCCACUAAUACUGUAAAUGUAGGAGCUAAAAUAUGCAUACAAAAUAUACAAGGACCGCCCUCUCCCGCCGAAGUUAUAACUGUUGGAAAGGAUAGAACAUUGUUAAUCAUGAAGCCUGGACAAGAAAGAUGGGAAUAUGUCCCACAGGAAAAAUGUUAUCUACGAGAAUGAUUGAUAUUUGUUUAUAAUUACAGAUAAAGAACCAUUGGUGUUUCCUUGGAAUCCUUGGAAUCUGGUGUUUGGCAUCAAACAGAAGUGCAUGGACUCCGGGGAUACGAGUGACUAAUACCCAUAAUUCCACUCGCAAUUGGGGAUGGAAAAAUGAUACUUCUAAUCGAACAGAAUAUAUGGACCAGUUAAGAAAAAUGGGUAUACAAAACGUAACUGGACAAUAUAAUUGGACUUUUACUGCCAAUAGUAAAUGGAUAAUAUGUGCAAAUGCUACUAACAUUGCUGGAAGAAGAGUACCUUGGCAAUCUUUAUUGCAUGUCUGGAAUAUAGAUUCUGCUACUCAAAACCUCGGACAUAUUAAAAGAUUGCCGGCUACCUGUAUACCUGUUGCUACAAUAGGACAAAAAAUUAUAUUGCAUAUUAAUAUUGUAUUUCCUGCCAAGAGAUCAUGUCAUAAUGCGAGACGUAAAAGAGCAUGGUAUGAUACCCUUUUAGGGGGAUAUGGUACAUUGGCAGGAACGUUAAAUAGUUUUGACAUAGAAACUUUAGCUAAUAGAAUGCACAAGGCAGGAGGCUUAACUAAUGAUGCUGUAGUGUGGCAAGCUAAAUGGAUGCCAACUAUUUGGGCCCCAUUACAACAACAAGUUGAAAUUGAUAAAAAUAUCAAUAAUAUGGAAUUGGAAGUUAAUAAUUUCAGUUUGAAUUUUGAUACUAACAUGAAAAAAUUUGUUAACUGGACAGUAUGUACAUUGCAGACUAUUUAUGAACAACAACAAAAAGAUAAUAUGAAAACUUUAUUAAUGACGGGUAAUGAACAAGUAUGGAGAACCGUGUUUAAUAGAACACAAGAAUGGAUACAAAUAUAUCUACAUCAAAUGGUCUGCAAUGACACCAUAUGUAAAGGAACUGUGAUAUUGUUUAAUAUAACACGUCCGACUAUUAUGUGUAAGUAUAUAGUAAUGCCUUUAAUUAUCUCUGGAUAUUUUUGGCAGCCUCUAUUUGUAGGAGCAUAUAUAGAUAACAAAAAUAGAACACACAAUUUAGAAAAUUGUGAAGAUACAUAUAAUGGGAAAGUUUGUAAAUUACAAUCAUCAGUAUAUGAACCAUGUUUAUUACAAAAUUCUAUUAAUCAGUGUUUGUGGACUGUCCUUCCACUAUCUUAUGAAUGGAUGUUAGAAAUCAGUCCACAAGUGAUAUGUGUAGUCACUAAUCAAUCUGUAAUACCUAAAAUGCAGACCCCUUUUGUUGGUUGCAUACACAAUGUUUCAGCAUUUACAUGGCAAAAUCAAACAUUUUUAUUAUCUCCAAAUGAGAUGAUUAAUAUUACCCAUAUUUGGACCCCUCACGUACUAGAUCCACCCAAUUGGAAUUUGUCUUUACAUCGCUUAGAGCGAAUUAUGAAUUCUUCGAACGAAGUACGUGAUGUUAUUGUACGAUUGAAUAACAGUUUGGCAGCUCACCAAUUAUAUACUACCAUAGUAGCUCAAAAAAUUGUAAAGUUAGGUUCAACUAUUGCAGAUGCUACAUCUCACCAUUGGUAUGAUGUUUUCACUGGGUAUAGCCCUUCUGCUGAACACAUGUUCUCUGUCCUGAUUCAUCCCUUGCUCAUCAUCAUGAUAUGUAUGUGUAUUCUAACUAUUUGGAAUUGUUAUGUCUUCUAUAGCAUGUGUUGUAAACCAACAACACAACAAAUUAAAAUGGUAACCUACGGUCGCAUUAAUCAUUAGGGGCCGAAUGUGAUACAAAUGUGAUGUGUGUGUCUAUGACUGACUAAUUGAUUAGCCAGAAUAGAAAGGACUGGGGUCAAUAUAAUGAAGCAUAGGCAAUAGAGAUAAUGAUUAAGGCUCCUGUAGGUUACUAAAAGUCAAAAGAACAAUUCAUAUAAACAUGUUGUUGCAAGCGUGAAUCAUAGUUAUGAGACUGAUAUUUGCUGCCAAAUUCAAUAGUUCCUGUAGGUUACUAAAAGUCAGACUCGCCUGAUGUUGUUGUGCAACAUCAGGCCCAAUCAGUAAUUGCCUUGUGGGAUCAACCCCACGAAUGAAGUAUAAGGUUUGAGAUUUUCCCAUAAUAGCUAGGGACUUUGCCACUGCUGACGAGCUGUGUGAUGUUGUUAUGGUUUGCUGCCUCCAAAAUGCCGUGUCCCCCGGUUGGAGUGAUGAUAUAAUAUCUAGGUAACGUAUUAAUUCAUUAACCCUGUAUAUAUUAACUCUUUUCACUGAUAAGUGUAAGUAAUAAAAAGUGUUGCAUGACAA